UCUUAGCCUUGGCUUCCAGAGCAGAGGCUGGCAGCUAUCUGGUGUCUGAAACCAAAUUCUUUUGGAGGCAGCACUCCAGGGCACUCUGCCCUAAUGGGAAACGAGGCAAAAAUAAUUGAAGGGUGUUCAGCUUCAUUGUGUGGGCAGAGGAUCUUCAUCCGAACGACUUUGAAGAUCUGCUUUGUGUGGGGGUAUGGGUUGGGUGUGUGACCCAUAACUUUGUCUCAGGAGACAACCACCGUAGGGAAUUAAUGAGACUUCCUAACCAACAGUGAUGGUCCAAGGGAAAAUUCUGUGUUGUUUACUCAAAGGACACUGUGGCAGCUUCAGGUCCGAUAGACAAUUUUGGGGACCCUCAGCUACUUCCUGGACACCCUCACAGAGCCAAGUGUUGGAUAUGAAAGAUGAGUGACUUUGAAGAAUGGAUUUCUGGGACAUACAGGAAAACAGAAGAGGGUCCACUCCCACUGCUGACUUUUGCCACAGCUCCUUACCAUGACCAGAAGCCAGGAACAAGUGGAUUACGGAAGAACACCUAUUACUUUGAGGAAAAGCCUUGCUAUCUGGAGAAUUUCAUCCAGAGCAUAUUCUUUUCCAUAGACCUAAAAGAUCGCCAGGGAUCAUCACUGGUGGUCGGUGGAGAUGGGCGGUAUUUUAAUAAAUCAGCAAUAGAGACAAUAGUGCAGAUGGCAGCUGCCAACGGGAUUGGUCGCCUGGUCAUUGGGCAGAAUGGGAUCCUCUCCACCCCUGCUGUAUCCUGCAUCAUCCGAAAAAUCCAGGCCAUUGGUGGCAUCAUUCUGACAGCCAGCCACAAUCCAGGAGGGCCCAAUGGAGAUUUUGGAAUUAAAUUCAAUAUUUCUAAUGGGGGUCCUGCUCCAGAAGCAAUCACUGAUAAAAUUUUCCAAAUCAGCAAGACAAUCGAAGAAUAUGCCAUUUGCCCUGACUUGAAGGUAGACCUCAGUGUUCUGGGAAAGCAGCAGUUUGACUUGGAAAACAAGUUCAAGCCCUUCACAGUGGAGAUCGUGGACUCAGUGGAGGCCUAUGCCACAAUGCUGAGAAACAUCUUCGAUUUCAACGCACUGAAGGAGCUUCUCUCCGGUCCAAACAGACUGAAGAUACGCAUAGACGCCAUGCACGGAGUUGUGGGACCGUAUGUAAAGAAGAUCCUCUGUGAAGAACUUGGCGCCCCUGCAAACUCAGCUGUGAACUGUGUUCCCCUGGAGGACUUUGGAGGCCACCACCCUGACCCCAACCUCACCUAUGCUGCUGACCUGGUGGAGACCAUGAAGUCAGGAGAACAUGAUUUCGGGGCUGCCUUUGAUGGUGAUGGGGAUCGGAACAUGAUUCUGGGCAAGCACGGGUUCUUUGUGAACCCAUCUGACUCUGUGGCCGUCAUCGCUGCCAACAUCUUCAGCAUUCCGUAUUUCCAGCAGACCGGGGUCCGUGGCUUUGCACGCAGCAUGCCCACAAGCGGUGCUCUGGACCGGGUAGCAAACGCCACAAAGAUCGCUUUGUAUGAGACCCCAACUGGCUGGAAGUUUUUUGGGAAUUUGAUGGAUGCAAGCAAGCUGUCCCUCUGUGGAGAGGAGAGCUUUGGGACUGGUUCAGACCACAUCCGAGAGAAAGAUGGACUGUGGGCUGUCCUGGCCUGGCUCUCCAUUCUGGCCACCCGCAAACAGAGCGUGGAGGACAUCCUCAAAGACCACUGGCAGAAGUUUGGUCGGAACUUCUUUACCAGGUAUGACUAUGAGGAGGUGGAAGCUGAGGGUGCAAGCAAAAUGAUGAAGGAUCUGGAGGCCCUGAUGCUGGACCGCUCCUUUGUUGGGAAACAGUUCUCAGCAAACGAUAAAGUCUACACUGUGGAGAAAGCUGAUAACUUCGAAUAUAGUGACCCAGUAGAUGGAAGCGUUUCAAAAAAUCAGGGCUUGCGGCUUAUUUUUGCAGAUGGUUCUCGUAUUAUCUUCAGACUGAGUGGCACCGGGAGUGCAGGGGCUACCAUCCGGCUAUAUAUUGAUAGCUACGAGAAGGAUGUUGCCAAGAUCAACCAAGACCCCCAGGUCAUGCUGGCACCCCUGAUCUCCAUUGCUCUGAAAGUGUCCCAGCUCCAGGAGAGGACAGGCCGCACUGCGCCCACUGUCAUCACCUAGAAAGAUGGCCAGAUGUGGCACGUCCCUCCCCCAGGACCUGUCCAUGCCACCUGAUUGAAGAGCACGGACAGAAACCGUGUAUUGCCCAGGCCUUUUAGGACUCGGUCUUGAUGUUUUUACUUCCCACUUGAUAAGCAGCCAUUUGUGAGGCACUGCCACUGUGGGGGGAGAGGGCUCGCACCCAUGUCUGUUCCUUCUCUUGCCCUAUUGAAGCUGUGUGGGCCCUUGUCCCCCAGCAUCAGGUACAGUACACUGCACUGGAAAGACUUGGAGGCAGAGGGUCAGCAACAAGGCCUUCUCCUGUAAAAUGGUAUCGACGUUCCUGCUCCACUGUGAAAGUCUCCCCAUUUAUGUUUACAUGGAAUCCAACAGAAUACGGUUUCUGGUGCCUUCUCUCCAAUCAGUUUUUCUCCGAGUGUGAGAUGCGCUUGUCUUCUGUGUUAUCUUGCAUCUCCCAUUUGCACAGAUAUUUGGGGUAUUAAAGCAGAAUGUGCCUACUGUUA